AUGAGGUCCAUUCUUGCACAUGUCUUUGUGCAGGCCUCUCUUCUCUCAAUUGCCUCCGCUGCUCCAGCUCCAACAGCUUUCGCUAAUAAUGUUGUCCCGGCCGACCCUGUCAUUACACCUUCCCCAGUCGAGAAUAAUCCCUCUCCCGUGGUUGCCCGAAACAUAUUGAGCGAUGUUGAAUCCGGUGCAAACAGCAUCCUCUCAGACCUUGGCUCUGGCCUACCUUCAUGGGUCGCGUCUGGAGUGCCUGACUUCUUCCAAGGUUUCCCGACUGGAAAGUCAGUUGUGAAAUCCCUUGGGUUGGACGACGACCAAUUGGAAGCGUUACCAACCAAUGUGUUGAACAUCCCCCCAUAUGCCAACUGGACCAAGUCAGGCUGGAAUGUUCGCUUCCACGGAAACGUUUAUAAGCAACCAAAUACCUCUGUCUCAAAAUUGAACGACUUGGCCGAUAUCUUCCUUGUCAACACUAGUAUCUCCGAGCUUCCCAAAUCCCAACAAGCCCAGGCGCGUAACCUGACUGCCGAAAUCUUUGUUGUGCAGCAGCCCGAGGUUGCCGUGAACAAGAUCCACCUGAAGCCUGCAAAGAGUCAGGGCUCCAGCGGAGAGCCAGGUGGUGGUGGAUCAUCCAAGACAACGGGUGGUAAUCAGGUCAUCACUCUGCCUUACAAUACCACAAUUGAGGGUGAUUUCGACACCUUUGUGCAAAUUGACAGCAAUGGCCUUACCGCCGGAAAUGAAACCAAGAAAAUUCAGAGAUUGGAUACUCAUGUUCAGGGCGCAAGCAUCGGAAAUGCUACUGCCUACCUUGUGCCUCCCAAGGGACUCACCUUCAUUUCCGACAUUGAUGAUAUUUUGCGGGUCACUAAGAUUUAUCAACCGUCACAAGGAUUACUCAAUUCCUUCGCCCGUCCAUUCACGCCUUGGCAAAAGAUGCCAGAAAUCUAUAGCAACUGGUCCAGCAGCCUGCCCGAUGCGCAUUUCCACUACCUCACAACUACCCCCGAGCAAGUCACAAGAAACUACAUGGAGUUCAUCUACGACAACUAUCCGGGCGGCUCCUUCGACACCCGUCCUCUCAACUUCAGCGACGUCUCUGCCACUCUAUCAAUCCGCAAAUUCUUAUUGGAAAAGAUCUUCGAAACCUUCCCCGAGCGCAAGUUUAUUCUUGUGGCUGACACCAGCAACAGCGACGUCAUGCGCGAUUACCCCAAACUAGCCACUGACUUCCCCGGGCAAGUCCAAUGCAUCUUCCUCCGCAACACCUCUGCAACUGAUUCGGGCGACAAGUUCCCAUAUGACACGUCCGGUUUCAAGAAGUUGAAGCAAUCCAUGUACAUGUUCUUCGUGAACUCGGAUGACCUGACCCACCUGGAUAUUGCAAAUGGACAGUGUUACAACAAGUCGAUUCCCCAAAACCUGACGUUCGGCUACCAGGGACUGCCACUUGGAUUGGGAGAUAAACCCACUGCGGUGAACGGGUCGGCAAAUCACACCGGCGCCGCUACUGGACUAUUGACCAAGGAAUCGGCUGGUGUGCAGGGCUUGAUGGCAUUGGCUGCAGCAAUGUUUACGGCCACCCUCAUGUUUUUAUAG